GAACGAGACAAAGAUAUGAAAAGCAAAAGAAGGCUCUGCAAAAAGAGAAAAAGUGGGAAUUUUAGAUGCUGUUCAAGACUGAACGUGACAAAGAGAAACAGUGGGAUUAGGGUGAGUAAUAGGAAUAUGAAAAUGGUGUCGGAGGAGUUUGUCUCUACGCCGCCGCCGCCCCGCCGUUCUCCUGCCACCACCCCCAAAUUCUGUAACUCUUUUACUAACCGCAUUUUCUCGGACGUUGCUUGUGAUAUUACGAUAGUUGUCAACGGAGAAUCGUUUCUACUGCACAAGUUUCCCCUGGUUUCUCUGAGUGGAAAGAUCCGAAAGCUGGUGGCAGAUGCAAAAGACUCGACUCUGUCAAAACUGGAACUCUCUAACCUUCCAGGAGGACCUCAAACAUUUGAGCUUGCAGCUAAGUUUUGUUAUGGAAUGAAUUUCGAGAUCACAACUGCAAAUGUUGCACAACUACGGUGCACUGCAGAGUGCUUGGAAAUGACUGAAUAUUAUCGUGAAGAAAACCUUAUUUCACGUACAGAAUCCUAUCUGAACGAAGUUGUUUGCCAAAGUAUUGAAAAAUCCGUGGAGGUUUUAUCCAUCUGUGAGAACUUACUACCCAUUUCUGAGGAAGUGGGAAUUCCUGAAAUCUGUAUCGAUGCUAUUGCGAGGAAUGCUUGUAAAGAGCAGUUGGUAUCGGGUUUGUCUCGUUUAGAUUGUAACAGUGGAGUGUUAGAACUCAAAGAUAGAUGCAUUGAGUGGUGGAUCGAAGAUCUCUCGCUAUUGAGGAUUGAUUUUUAUCGUAGAGUGAUCUGUGCCCUAGGACAUACCGGCGUUCGAACAGAUAGCAUUAUUGCAUCUUUGAUGCAUUAUGCUCAAAUAUUUCUGAAGGGUAUUGGGAAACCCCAAAUUUGGAAUCCGGCAAGGACAAAUACUAGCAUAAUCGAAAAUGGCCAGAAGACUAUAGUUGAAACUCUUGUAACUCUGCUGCCUACAGAGAAGAGUACAUCCAUUCCAAUAAAUUUUUUAUUUGGGAUGUUGAGAGUUGCAACCAUGGUGGAUGCUACCUUAGCCUGUAGGCUUGAGCUUGAAAGACGGAUUGCUUCUCGACUAGAAAUGGCUUUACUCGAUGAUCUCCUUGUACCGUCAGUUCAGACAGGUGACUCAUUAUUUGACGUUGACACUAUCCAUCGGAUUCUGGUGCACUUUGUGCAACGGAUGGAAGAGGAAGAGAAUGACGAAUAUGGAUAUGAAUCAGCAGACAUUAGUUCUUCGAGUCAAGGCUCAAUGUUGAAAGUUGGACGGCUUGUUGAUGCAUAUUUAGCUGAAAUCGCUCCAGAUCCUCAUUUGAGUCUUCAAAAAUUCACGAACGUGAUUGAGGUACUGCCUGAGUAUGCUCGUGUUAUAGACGAUGGACUAUACAGAGCUAUUGAUAUUUAUUUGAAGGCUCAUCCGGUGCUGAAUGAACCCGAGUGUAAGAAGCUAUGCAAGUUCAUAGACUGUCAAAAGCUCUCUAAAGAAGCCUGCAAUCACGCUGCACAGAAUGAUCGGCUCCCAGUCCACAUGAUUGUCCGAGUUCUCUAUUUCGAGCAGGUUCGUUUGAAGAAUGCUUUGUCGGGAAGUUCUGGGGAUGGAUUAAUAUCACAAAAAAUUAGCAGCGGGGUUCCGAGUGCAGCCAUGUCGCCCCGUGAUACUUAUGCUUCUUUGAGGAGAGAAAAUCGAGAACUGAAGCUCGAGAUAUCAAGAAUGCGAGUAAGGCUUAGUGAUCUUGAGAAGGAACAAGUGGUUAUGAAACAAGGGAUGAUGGAUAAGUCGAACCACGGAAGGACUUUGUUAACUUCAAUAUCGAAGGGGUUUGGAAGAAUCGGUAUAUUUGGAGGGCAAGCUGGCAGAAAGCAACAAAAGUCCGGGAGGAAGUCGAGGGCACCAGAAGGAAGAACCGGCAGGAGUAGGAGGUACUCUGUUUCCUAAGCUAGACGUCGAUAAAUUGUUAACAUAUGUACCUUGGAGAUUCAUGAAGUGAAUUUCGACUAAUGGGUCGAGAUCUUUAUGACAUAAUCCGGAGUUGCGAUGUUUCAUAUUCCAGUUGGAUUCUGUAUAAGGUCAUAGCACCAUCUUGGGGCACUGCUCAAUCAUUGUAAAAAAAUAUUGGUUUUGUACACAUUUCUACGUUGUGUUAGACAACACUACAUAGAACGACUAACAAGAUUUUUAAGGGCAAACCCACGAAAAUACUUUAUAAAGCUAUAGCAAAAAAAGGUUAGUUUCUCUAUCUUUGCUUCAAAGGAAGAUUCAGAAGUGGGCUCCAUUUCAUGAAAGAUGAAUUUGCAUCAUAAUGCAUAACAUGAUGAUGGAGACUCGGAAGCUUGGACUUGCACCAUUUCACCCUGCUAUCUUGAAUCAGAAAUUUUGAAUUGUAGGAGCAAAAGAUGCGUAACACUCGGAGAAUACUUGGGAAUUGGGAUAAUGAUGUCAAGAUCUUAUUGGACCUUUCAAUAGAUAGUUGGAGCGAAAAACACCUUUAAUAAUGUUUCAAUGUCUUUUACUACAAUCAUGAAAGCCAUGCUUUUUUA